UAUCAGUUCAGAGAAAUCUUCGAGACAAGAUAGGAGGAAAAAUAACAGCGAGUCCAUCAAGAUUCCAUACAGAAGCAGGAUGACUGACUGGUGAGACUAUACAUCUACUAUGGAACUCGUGCUACUAUCUUUGCUGGUCAUUGGAUUCGUUUCAGGCUACCAAGUGGGCAAGGAAUACCGCUAUAUCUACGACGGGACGGUUCCGAUCGCACAACCUGACAUACCGGCGCACGCUGUCGGAUUUGCCUUCAGGUGCAAUGUCAUAGUGCAACCUCAAGACGAUCAUACGCACUUCAAGGUCGUGAAUUUCGAACUGGACACCGUCGAUAAAGGUGUCGCAAAUUUCAACACGCACGAAUUUUCCUAUCGGUCCUGGGCAAGCCUAACGGAACACAUCGAGGAGCCAUUCGCCGUAAAGUUCACCAAUGGAAAGUUCGUAAACCUCGAACUGGACAAGAACGAGCCGUUAUGGUCUCAAAACAUGAAACGAGCUUUGGCGAGCCUCUUUCAAGUUGACCUGACGGAAGGCAGAAGCGGUGACCCUCACGCGCGAGAGUACAGCACAUUUGAGGAAAGUAUUAGUGGCAACUGUGAGACCCUGUACGUUCUCAACGACGACGUCACUGAUGACCACGAGGGCAACUUUGAAGUUACCAAAGUGAGGAACUUGGAGAACUGCACCUACGCGCCCAGGGCUUUUUACGGAAGCUUCCGUGCGAAGAGAUGCCAGUCGUGUGGCUCAAGGGAAGCACAUCCUCUGAUAGUGAACGCUGAAGUAAAGUACAAACUUCACGGAACAUCUGCAAACUUCGUUGUUGAAGAUGCCCAUGCAACAGCUAGCCACGUCUUCAGUCCCCUUCCUGGUGGCAAAGUAAUCGAAAUGCACGAACACCGCUCUCUCCAUUUGGCUGCCGUAGAGGAAGCUACCACAGACACCGCAACCUCCGACAGUCUGCAAGUUCACGCCAGUCUCGCAGAGAAGCAACCUACCAGCACGUCGCUCCAGAGGAGAGAAGACCUACGGUUCAACAACGAAUUUCUACAUGGUUAUAACAUAAGCCUCAACAGACAGAAGUUCUUGCAAUAUUUUGAUGCACUGGCUGAUCUGCACUUCAAUGAAGAUGAUUACAAGGACGCUCUCCACAAAGGAAGCCCCGCCCAAAGGUUUAUGGGCGUGUACCACACAUUCUUCGGCUUAGACUACAAUGAGACUGCCGGACUUCUCAAGCCUGGCUGGGAGAGUCAUCCUGGAGGAGAACAGGAGGAGGAGGACCAGGGGCCAGAACGGAAACACGAGAAAGACAGGAGAUCCCUUUUCCUGGACCUCCUGAGUGCCUCGGGCAACAACCAACACAUCAACUUGUUCAUCGCGCUGGUAGAGGAAUUCAAGCUCACCUCAGAAGAGGUCGAGAACUUCAUCAGCAAACUUCCACUGCACGUGCUCGAACCAAGCGAAGCUGUCCUGCACGGGGUCAUAGAUCUUUGCAAGCUCCCUUUCGUCAAGGAACGCGAGGGCCUGAAAGGGGCCUGUCUUCUUGCACUGGCCUCGCUUAUCGAAGGGAACUGUCAGCGAGCUGAUAUCGAUGAUAAAGAAGACGGUGGAUUCUGCAAGCCCGAAAUUGUGGAAAGGUUCUACGACUAUAACAUAGCUCCAGCUGAUGUGAGGAAUCAAAGCCACUACCUGUCCGGAGUUUAUAUUGAAAUAGCUGGAAGAUUAGCUACGAGACGAGCUGUCCGCCAGCUGUCACGAUUUGUCGGCCCACAAGUUCAAUGUCCCGAGCUGCGGCAAGCAUCAGCGUGGGGACUCGUGCGUGCUGGUACCAAGCAUCCGGGCCUGGUACGACACGUCCUGCUCCCGAUCUUCAAGAACACGAGCGAAAGUCAUCCUAUCCGUAUCGCUGCUUUCGUCGGUGUGACAGCCACGCAUCCCGACCUCUACCUUCUCCACCAUAUUGCCCGAGAAAUCCUCCACGAUCCCAGCGACCAAGUAGCGUCCUACGUCACUAGUUUCUUCCGGGAGAUGGCCAAGUCCAAGCAUCCCUGCUACACGGAUUUGUCACGUAAACUCGAAUACGUGCUCCCUAUCUGGAACGGUGUAAGCCGCUUCGCCAGAACACCGGGACAUACAGAAUCUCGUUUCAUUAUGACACAAGUCUAUUACGAAGAGUACGACUACUACGGAGAUGUACAAACCUCGAUAAUCAUGUCAGAAGACAGCUACCUUCCAUUGUCCUUUCACCACGCCAAAAAGGAUUGCUUCAGUGGGUUCUGCUACGACACCCUGUCACUAACCUAUCAGGGCUACGGAGUCGACAGACUGUACGCGGCAAUGGUUUCACCCCGCCCUGGUAGAAAGGAGAGCUUGUGGAACUUCUUCGGUAGACGGAGGACACCAAGGGGCGCCGAGGAGCACCAAAAGUUGGACAGCAGCCUCCCGAUCACCCCGAGAGAUUUCAAGCCCAUCAGUGCACGCUUCAAGUUGAACUUUUGGGGACAUAGGAUAGCAACUUGGGACUUGGAAGAGACGCUUUUGGAUCUCCUCAGAGAUCCUUCCGAAAUAGGCGAGAGACUGGCACACCUGUUCAUCACCAAACUGCAACGCGCCGGGGAAAACAAGUACUUUUCUCUCCUUCCCGUUAUGGUUGUGCAAGUGCCCACCGACCUGGGCUUGCCAGCCUUUCUAGAACUAAAAGCGUCGGGCUUCUUUUACGUCAACCGCCACCCGACAACAUUGGAGCACGAAGACAACAAGAUCCGGAUGGAGUUCCAGAGGCACUACCUAAUGGAUGUGUACCAGUACGCGUACUUUGGCGUCGUUCUCCCGUUUGACCAGGCCCACGUUGGCGCCGGAUUCGAAAAACGAGUGGCUCUGUCGUUACCCCUGCACCUGCGAGCGACCUACGACUUGGAGACGCACAAGCUAAAGCUGGAAAGACCUUUGUCCUUUCCCAUUGACCUUCUCAACUAUUACUUCAAGCCUUACGCAGCUUUUGGACAUUACAAUGAUUCGAUUUCCAUAGAAGAUUAUGGGCUGACAACAACGUACAACGAGGAGGAACUCACUUCGCACAACAAGACGUACUUGACGGACUUCCUUGGCUUUGGUUAUGACGUGAAGAGUCGGCUACUUGCUGGAGGUCUGAGGAAGUCGCUGCGUCGCUUCUGGUACGACUUAAGCUUUCUUCAGAAGACCUUCUAUCUGGACGUCAAUCCCCAUUGGCAUCCGAGGUAUUUAAGUAUCCAUGUCGUCCCAGCAGAGAAAGACACCACUCACACUAUUGAAGUUGACAUUGCGUACAAGGUGUACGGCCCAAAUGACGUCGAACGCCACAGCAGCUAUGCACCAGUCGAAGGCACUCCUGGAAACACAACGUCGCGCGUUCUCAGUGUGGACUUCGUUUACAAAGGAGACACCAAGACCCGCACCAUAAGAGCAGAGCUGCAGGUGACACAUACAAGAGACCUUCUCAAGCACUGGGUCAGAUUCUACUAUGACAGAUCGCCUUUUAGCGAUGAAGAGCUGAACCAUACGACAGUUUGCUUAGACACCGCUGUAACGUUCCCAGCGCAGGACUGGCAAAAGUUCAGCAAUCUGGCCACAUUCUACCAAGCAAGCACUGUCGAAGCCAAGGCUAAUCUUAUCUAUGGUGCUAGCUGCUCUCAGGGCUCCAGGAUCUCCCUUCAUGGAACGUACGAGCACACUGAUGCUGAUGCUGAAGAGAUCGAAGACAUCGCCAGCGGCAAACCACCGAGCAAGAACAGAUUCAAGCAGAACAUACUGCGAAAGCUGUACGAAAUAUGCCGCUUCUACCAGGAACAAGGCAUUCCUAUGAACUACUUCUGCAAUAAGUACCUGUACCAGAGCAGCCGCCUUGGAAAGCUCAACCUUGACGUCGAGUACCAUAAUCUCAAAUCGCCACACGGCCCUUACCUCCUCCACGUUCUCCAUCAUCACAGCAAGAAACAUCCCGACUUCUUCAGUACCAUUCUCUCCCACUUCCGCGGAACAGAUGGCAAACUUCGUGUUGUUUCCCAAGUUCCGACACAAAAAGAGUCUCAUCAGACGACGCGCCUUGUCGUCACAACUGCCGAAGGUCACGUGUUCCAUCAUGACCACGUACCCGUCUACACGCACCUUCUAGAACCACGUGUCUUCCACAUGCCUGGGUACACCAACCUCCAGGAGUGCCUUACGACCUACAAGCACGAGCACUGUGAUCUGCAGGAACACCGCGUGCGCACCUUCGACGGAGCCUUUACCAUACUGCCCAAUACAGACUGCUACAGCGUCUUUGCCAGAGACUGUUCGCCUGGCAACCACUUCGUCAUUCUCGCUAGGGCCACAGACACACCAACGUUCCCCAAGGCAUUGAAGGUAUUCAUCGCAGACACCGUCAUCGAUAUUUUACCGUCCAAUGAGGGCACUGGAGGAGUUCUACAAGUGAACGGCGAGGUAGUGUCAGUAUCCCAUGACCACCCGUACAGCCACGUCAAGGACGAUGCUGAAUUAUUCUACGUGAACCACGACGGUCCUUCCUUUUCGAUCCAUUCAGACACUCACGGGAUCCACAUCGUCUUCGACGGCCGCAUAUUGCUUGCGCAGGUUGCUCCAUUCUACCGAGGCAAGGUCUGCGGUCUUUGUGGUGACUACAACUAUGACAGACACAACGAACUGCGUGGCCCUGACAACCGGAUCUAUAAUGACACUGCAGAGUUCGCCAAAAGUUACGUCGUUCCCUCUGAUACCUGUACCUUGUGAUGCGUUAUUACACGGAAACAAUAAUCUCUGUCUCGAACAAUAGGUCGUAUAAGAAAAAUGAAAUGCUGUUUGUUAUAUAAUGCAUAAAUGCAAUAAAAUUCGUAAUGCCGUGUACAAUUA